GUGUGGGGCCUCUGUGGUGGUCCUGAUGGGCCCCAUGCCGCAUUGUCUGUAUCUGCAGUCAACACAGAGAGCCGCGGUGUGGGGAUUAAGCAGAGUCAGCUCUCUGUGAGCUCACACAUUGUAUCAGAAGAAGAAUUAUUAAAAUCAAUCAAAGCUAACGAAUCACUUCGUAUAUUAUUUACUCUCCAUCUAACAGAAACAACUUCCGUUGAAUGGGAAACCAUAAUAUGGCGUGGUACACUUUACAUUCGAGUUCCUAGUUGCCUUCUUCCUGAAGGUUCGAAGGAAGGCUUCGUUUCGCUACUUGAAUAUGCUGAAGAAACUUUACAAUGCCAAAACGUUGUAAUUUGUAUUCGAAAAGAUCGUGCGGAUCGAGCUAUGCUAGUCCGUACUUUCAUGUUCCUGGGAUUCACCGUUUUACCACCGAAUCAUUCUUUAGUACCACCAAAUUGUGAUUCGGGAAACCUUUAUAUGCUAUAUGCUGUGGAGUAAUUGUCAUUGGGUGUUCUCUCAAAUUCAUUAUUAGUGAAGUUUCUAAGUAAUCUAAAUUAUUUACCUACUAUAUAAUCAAAGAUGAUAAUGAUUAUUAUUACAACAACGGAUACUUAAGUUUUACUUUAUCACUUAAUCAGAAAAACGAAUCAGAAGUAACUUAUAAUAAUUUAAAACACAGAAUGUAAGCUAUAAUUUUCAUGUGGUGCUUUCCAUUUGGUUUCAUAGUUUCGUAGAAUUGAUAACGACAUGUAAAUAACUUUCUAUUUUUAUCUAAUUACAGUUUUAAUUUUUUUUUUGGAUUAUUUUAUAGAAUGUAGACAAUUUGAGAGACUAGAACAUGAAAAAUUUUUAAACAAGAUGAGAUAUGGCAAAAAAUAGUCGCGAAACGUAGGUCUUAAUAAUAAGUUUACGUAAUUAAAUUCUUCUUAUGAUACAUAAAUAAUAAUUGUGACUCAAUUGAAGCUCGCAGAAAGAUAAAAGAUAAAACUUGUGUAUUUUUAAAUGGCUUAAGCGAUUCCAACGGUGCCUCUCGACUUAAUUACCAUCAGUAAGGACAUCAAGCUAUGUAUAUCUGGUGUCAGAUCGCCCAAGUCAUUUGGAACAGUUUAUUAAUAUAUAAAUUCAUUGUUAAUCCGUGGCACAUUGAAAAUUACUCAUCACCUGAUAAUACACUCGUAUUAUUAUAUAAGUAUUAUCAAUAAUAGUCGUUUCCAGAAAAAAUAAAUACAUUUGAUAUUAAAAAUGUUAUUAAAAUCAGUUUUAUGCAGAGUAAAUUGAAAAAAGAUUUAUUCAAUAAAAAUAAUAUUCUUAACUCUUUGAAAAAUUAAUGAUUAAGCUUAAAUCAUUGGAACAUAUAACUCAUUUCAUUUAUAAUAAUUAAGUUGAAAUUUACCGAAAUAUUCAACUAUAGAAAUGAUUUUGUUAAACUUCAGAAAUUUCUUAUAUUUGAAUGGCAUAGUUUUUUAGACGUAAAGUAUUCUUCUUCAACAUUGUAAUUUCUAAUGGUUUGUUAAAUGAAUUCUUGAGAAUUUAAGUAUAUCACUAUUUACUUAGUUAUAUUUUUCAUAGUGUGUGAUAAUGGAUGUUAUUAUACGUUGAAUUUUAUUUGUUUGGACUUCUAAAGCCAUUGUUAUCACUGGAAAGUUAAUUGAAUAAUCUUUUAAUCACAAUUUCUUUAUCUAUAAUAAUAAUAAUAACAACGUAAUAUUUGUUUUCAAGGUUGAAUUAGAGUAAUUUUUAAUGGGUUAACACUAGAAUUUAGGUAUUAAUAAAUGCGAUUUCUGUGUUGACUCACGCAGAUACAUUUAGAAUAAAAUAAUAAAAAAUACAAAAAAAUUUCAAAAAA